CACAUGCUAGAAUCCCCACUUAAGCUUGCGAUAUGACAUUGUGCGCAUAUUAAUGUGGUCUCACAAAAGGACCUACAUUUUGCAAAAUACUGUACUAUACCGUAUUGUGAUUUGAAUACUAUAUUGCGUGUAGCUGUUCAUGGCGUAACAUGAACACAUCCCUAUCUUCGAGUGAAAUCAUUCUCUUGCAGAGUCCGACCGGUACUAUGACGACCCCGACACCGUAUCACUUUGACCCUGCCUCUCAGCAGGUGAUCAACUCCUUACCUUCCAAACACUUGAGCCAUCGUCAAGCCUCAGAAGCUAUUAAUGCUGCAGCUGGUAGGAUUGCUUCUUCUACUGAACAAGGUCGUACUUCAAUGAGGAAUGGACUGACUUAUGAUCAGUUCCUUGCUGGUCUUUUAUACAGCGAAGAAACAAUGUUAGUGAGUCAGUUCAUGUACUUCGACUAUGUGAUGUUUAAUCCUGAGCCUCAAUCACCACCUCGAGCUAACAUGACAUCUGGUCGUGCUUUCCUUACUAAUCAUCGUCUUCUUCUCCUAUCAGCUGAGGUUUAUCAAGGUCUGAGCUUGGUAACUUUGACCCCUGGUCAGGACAAGAAACCUUCAGGUUACACGAUCACAGGAAAGGCUUCAGAUAUUCUUCAUUAUCAGAGUAUCCCAUUGAUCAAUAUCCACAGUGUGGAGUUGAAUGCAUCAGUUGGUGUCCAGUCUGUCGAGACUGUCAUGGGAUUACGGCCAUGUUGCUGUCUGGCUCUGUGUAGCUGUACAGGGAUGGACGAUUGUCUGAAGAGCUGGUCAUCAACUUCACAGUCUCAAGGAGUUAGUACAAACGAAAGAGUGUUGACCAUCGGAGUUACAAUGCCUCCAUGGAAUCACCGUUACAUGAUCAAACUUCAUCUCAACGGCGGUGUUCCGAUGGCCUUGGUCAAGGAAUAUAUCGUUGCAUUCUCUCGUUUUGCACCCAAUAUCACCACCAAGGCCCAAUCUGCUGCUUUCUAGGUCACUAUAUAAAGUGCAUUCAGUUGUUGUCAUGGCAAAUAGUUUAAGCAGUUUUCACAGUCAGUCGUUUUGGCAAUUUCAUAUAGUCCAAGUUCCAAUCAAUAUUGAAACAAGUCAUUAUAUAGGGAAGUUCACCCGACCAAAAGUUGAUUGUAAAAAGUAACAAAUUUUU